AUGGAGACAUCGAGCCAAGUGCUCGCCGCGGGCGUCAUUCGGACCCCUGCCGGCUGGCCGUUGCUGGUGGAGACGACCAGACGCUACGGGCCCGCGUCCUUGUCCGAGCUCGCGCAAUGCCGCCAUCCUUUUUUGGUCGCUUCCCAAACAACGGCACAGCGACAAAGCGACAUCAUCACCACCAGUGACGACCCAUCCGCGCAGCGAUCUCUCGCUCGCGCGCACCGAGGCUUCGGCCACCUAGUGAUACUAAUCAAUAGCAACAGCAGAAUCAGAUACGACAACACUUCGAACCGCGACCGACUGCAGCCUCGACGCCGGCUGCGCAAUCUUUCUUUUUCUUCCGCUCCUUUGUUCUGGGAGCGCUCCGCCUCUGAUCGCGCUCGUGGUUUGAGAUACUUAUCACCUACCAUUCAAACCAACAUCCUCGACUUCCAAUUGCAGCGCGACUCUGGUCGCAUCGCCAACCUCAUCAUGUCAUCCACAUUAUCCGUAGCGAAGGCCGCGUCCACGCCCGUCAAGCAGAUUACCAGCGCUGUCGGUCCUGUCAAAGAGAGCCCCGGUAAUUGGAAGCACCCACGCCUAGCAGAGAUCACCCGCCGGCAGAGUAGGAACAUCUUCGGCGAGAAGAACGUUAGGCAAAUCGUCUAUAAUGUUGCCGCCAUCGUGCUGCUGGAGAUCUUCCGCGUCUUUGCCUCGCCAUCUAUCCCAUCUCAACUAAUUCUUCCCAGUUUACGGCCCUACAGCCUCUGGAUCCACGCCGUAUUUCUCGUGAUCCCCCUCACCAACAUCGUCAUUGCCCUCCUUCCCCUCUUCCGCCCCGUAGACGACCUCUCCGACAUCCCCCUCACUCCCGCGCAGCGCAAGCUCCUGGGCCUGCCUCCGAGUUCAAAGCCCGCAACCCCCAACUCCGUCUAUAGCACUCCUCCACGCUACUCGCGCACCCCCUCGCUGGCCGGCUCGCCCGCCAGCAUCAAGAGCUACACGAGCUCUACUCUCCCAACAGCAAGCAGCCCGACUCCUGGUGCAGCCGGCAUCGGCGCGGGCUCACCCGCCGCACCCAUCUACCUCUCCCCCUCCAAGUUCACGACAAGCACCUCCUCGCAACAAUUCAGCCCCUCCCCCUCAGGUGCCAGCCCCCUGCUGCACCGCGCCAUCAGCAACACCAGCACCGCGAGCGGCGUAAGCCCCUACGGCUCGCCCAACAGCCCGUCCAAGUUCGGCGCCAGCACGAAUUCUACGCUAGCAGCCAGCACAAUCAGCACCAGCACUUUCAGUGUUAGCACUACGUCUUCGAUCGCGCACGUGCUGAAUAACAGCCGGCUUAGGGAGAGCGUGAUCGAGGGUGUGCCGGCGACGCCGACGCCGGUGGGGAAAGGGGCUAGCGUCAAGGCGAAUAGCAAGUGGUUGUAUCAGCGGGGGAGGAGGACGUCGAGUAAUAACUGGGUAUACUAA